AUGGCGCUGGCAGUGGGCUGUAAGGGCUGUAGUCCAGAGGAAACGGCUCGUCAGGUGAUGACUGUUCAGUACCUCCUUGGAGAGUUGAAGGCUCUGCUCGCUGGCCAAGACGCACUGCUACGCAGGCGUCUGAGGAUAGUGAACCAACAGUUGCAGGAGAGAGAGAGAGCAGAGAAGGAGGCCAGAUAUGUCCACUGUGACAAUGACGUGUCGGCUCUGCAGUCGGAGCUCAAUGACGCUCACACAAGUCUGCAAGAGCUGCAGCGCGACAACACUGAGCUACGGCAAGCCCUGGUGGACACACACAGCCAGCUGCAGCAGAGUGAAGCGGAGUGCAGUCGCAUCAGGAAAGAUGUGCAGUCUGCUCUGGCUGAUGUGCAGGGCUGUAACAGCAGGCUGGAGGAGUGUCAGAAGGAGAACACUGCACUGGCCCUCAACAUCCAGAAGAGGGAGCAAGAGAUCCACACACUACAGGAGCACCUCAGAGCUCUACAGGUCCCUGUCGCUGAGUCUCCCACUGUGACUGACAUCCCUACGUCCCGCCUCCCUCUCACUAAACGAGCUCUGGACCAAUACCAGGACCAGCAGGGUCCGUCAGACCACCCAGUCAGCCAAUACCUGUGGUCGCUGGAGCAGAAGGGGUGUGGUUCUGUCUCCCUGCCCUGUAAAGGCCCUGAAUGCAACUAUACACACCAGCAGGACUUCAGUAGUCACCGGCGCCGUCUGGACAUGGAUAUGGCAUCACCGGGUAAGGGGCAGAACUCUUCACUUGACUCCACCGGCCUCUCCUUAUGUGAGGUCAGAUCCUUGGCUUCUGAUUGGAGCGCAGGGUCAAGCUCGACCUUUGACACGCGUGACGAGCAGGAGUUCCGGAAUGGGCUGGCCGCUCUGGACGCCAGCAUUGCCAGCUUGCAGAAAACUAUAAAGCAGGACCUCAAGAGAUGA